GCCAGCCCGAGGGAGAGGCCGCGCGGGAGCCGCGGAGCAGCAGGCCCGAGAGAGCGCGCCGGGGCCGACGCCGCCCGGGAAGAUGAAUUUACAACUGAUUUUCUGGAUUGGACUGAUCAGUUCAAUUUGCUAUGUAUUUGGCCAAACAGAUGAAAAUAGAUGUUUGAAAGCAAAUGCUAAAUCAUGUGGAGAAUGUAUACAAGCAGGACCAAAUUGUGGAUGGUGUACAAAUUCAACAUUUUUACAAGAAGGAAUGCCUACUUCUGCACGAUGUGAUGAUUUAGAAGCCUUAAAAAAGAAGGGUUGCCACCCAGAUGACAUAGAAAAUCCCAGAGGUUCUAAAGAUAUAACGAAAAAUAAAGUCGUAACUAACCGUAGUAAAGGAACAGCGGAGAAACUCCAGCCAGAAGAUAUCACUCAGAUACAACCACAGCAAUUGGUUUUGCAGUUACGAUCAGGGGAGCCACAGACAUUUACCUUAAAAUUCAAGAGAGCUGAAGACUAUCCCAUAGAUCUCUACUACCUGAUGGACCUGUCUUACUCUAUGAAAGAUGAUUUGGAGAAUGUAAAAAGUCUUGGAACAGAUCUGAUGAAUGAAAUGAGGAGGAUUACUUCAGACUUCCGAAUUGGCUUUGGCUCAUUCGUGGAGAAAACUGUGAUGCCUUACAUUAGUACAACACCAGCUAAGCUCAGGAACCCUUGCACAAGUGAACAGAACUGCACCAGCCCAUUUAGCUACAAAAAUGUGCUUAGCCUUACUGAUAAAGGGGAAGUAUUUAAUGAACUUGUUGGUAAACAGCGCAUAUCUGGCAAUUUGGAUUCUCCAGAAGGUGGCUUUGAUGCAAUCAUGCAAGUUGCAGUUUGUGGAUCAUUGAUUGGCUGGAGGAAUGUUACACGUCUGCUGGUAUUUUCCACGGAUGCUGGGUUUCACUUUGCUGGAGAUGGGAAACUUGGUGGCAUUGUUUUACCAAAUGAUGGGCAGUGCCACCUGGAAAAUGAUGUAUACACAAUGAGCCAUUAUUAUGAUUAUCCUUCUAUUGCUCACCUUGUCCAGAAACUAAGUGAAAAUAACAUUCAGACAAUUUUUGCAGUUACUGAAGAAUUUCAGCCUGUUUACAAGGAACUGAAAAAUUUGAUUCCCAAGUCAGCAGUAGGAACAUUAUCUGCAAAUUCCAGCAAUGUAAUUCAGUUGAUCAUUGAUGCCUACAAUUCCCUUUCCUCAGAAGUCAUUUUGGAAAACAGUAAAUUGCCAGAGGGAGUAACAAUAAAUUAUAAAUCUUACUGCAAGAAUGGUGUGAAUGGAACAGGGGAAAAUGGAAGAAAAUGCUCCAAUAUUUCCAUUGGAGAUGAGGUUCAAUUUGAAAUUAGCAUAACUUCCAAUAAAUGUCCAAAUAAACAUUCUGAAACAAUUAAAAUUAAGCCUCUGGGCUUCACUGAAGAAGUAGAGAUUAUUCUCCAGUUCAUCUGUACAUGUGAAUGCCAAAGUGAAGGCAUCCCUAGCAGUCCAAAGUGUCAUGAAGGAAAUGGAACAUUUGAGUGUGGAGCUUGUAGGUGCAAUGAGGGACGUGUUGGUAGACAUUGUGAAUGUAGCACAGAUGAAGUUAACAGUGAAGAUAUGGAUGCUUACUGCAGGAAAGAAAACAGUUCAGAAAUAUGUAGCAACAAUGGAGAGUGUGUCUGUGGACAAUGUGUUUGUAGGAAGAGAGAUAAUACAAAUGAAAUUUAUUCUGGCAAAUUUUGCGAAUGUGAUAAUUUCAACUGUGAUAGAUCCAAUGGCUUAAUAUGUGGAGGAAAUGGUAUUUGCAAGUGUCGUGUUUGUGAAUGCAACCCAAACUACACUGGCAGUGCAUGUGAUUGUUCUUUGGAUACUACCUCUUGUAUGGCCACAAAUGGACAAAUCUGUAAUGGCCGGGGCAUCUGUGAGUGCGGGGCCUGUAAGUGUACAGAUCCAAAGUUUCAAGGGCCAACUUGUGAGAUGUGUCAGACCUGCCUUGGUGUCUGUGCUGAACAUAAAGAAUGUGUCCAGUGCAGAGCCUUCAAUAAAGGAGAAAAAAAAGACACAUGUGCACAAGAAUGUUCACAUUUCAACAUUACCAAGGUUGAAAAUCGGGAUAAAUUACCCCAGCCUGGCCAGGUUGACCCCUUGUCCCAUUGUAAAGAGAAAGAUGUUGAUGACUGCUGGUUCUACUUCACAUAUUCAGUCAAUGGGAACAAUGAAGCCAUUGUUCAUGUUGUAGAAACUCCAGAGUGUCCCACUGGUCCAGACAUCAUUCCAAUUGUAGCUGGUGUGGUUGCUGGAAUUGUUCUUAUUGGCCUUGCAUUAUUGCUGAUUUGGAAGCUUUUAAUGAUUAUUCAUGACAGAAGGGAAUUUGCCAAAUUUGAAAAGGAAAAAAUGAAUGCCAAAUGGGACACGGGUGAAAAUCCUAUAUAUAAGAGUGCCGUAACAACUGUUGUCAAUCCGAAGUAUGAGGGAAAAUGAGCACUACCUGUCCAAAUUUCACAACACUGAAUGCAAAAUAGUAAUUUUUAUAGUCACGAUAAGGUAGCUUUAGGGCAAUAUCACUAUGAUUUUUAUUUGUGCAGGUUUUGAAAGUGUACAAUAUGUAUAAUUAAAAUGUUUUUUUGUUUGUUUUUUUGUUGUUUUUUUUUUUUGAAAAUAAUGUUAUAAUCAAUGCCAGGGACUGACAAAAGACUUGAGACAGGAUGAUACUUAUCCUUGUCAGCUAAGGUCACAUUGUGCCUUUUUGACGUUUUCCUCCUGGACUUUUAAAAUCAGGUUCUUUUUGGACUGAAAAGAUUUCAAGAAUGAUUGAAAAUACAGUAAAGUAUGAAAUGACGUGUUUCCACUAAUCAGGUAUUAAAACUGAUUUUUAGUUUUACAGAUAUGUACAUUUUUAGUUAUAUGAAUCCAAAGUAAAUGUCCCUCAAGAUGUUUAGAAUUAAGUUUAUCUUGUUAUUUGCCUAUUAGGCAUAAACUGAUGUCAUAUCUGAAAGAUGGGUGUCUUGGGAGUUACUAGCAUAAAAUAAUUUUGAAAUAUUUUGAUCUACAAAGGCCAUGGGAAAGUUAGAGAAGUUAGGAAAGGAAAGCAUAGCUUUAAAACCUGUGUGCCAUUUUUAAGAGUUACUUUAUCUUGGUAACUUUCAUGCCUUCUCUUUAUAAAUUCAAGCCUUGGGGAAAAGUAUUGAGAAAAUUUCUGCUAAACAGAUGUUUAAUUUUGCAUUAUUUACAUACAGGACUUAAUUUAUAUAGCAUUCGCUGAAUUGGGGUCCAUCCAGUUGACUAUAUUGUUUGGCUAUUUUGUUAAAGCCUGGUGCUUUCUUACCACCUCUUCUAAUCUUUUGAUGUAUUUGUUUGCAAUUUUGGGUUAAAUUUUUUUCUAUCAAUACAUUUUCUUUGAUGUUUAGCUGUAAAUUUGCCUUUUUAAAGAACAUGUGAAGUUGUGUUGCAGCUUAUCCAACAGCUUUCACUUAAGCAAGUGUUACUUUCAGUUAGUGCUGUAACAGAUCACUGUAUAUUUACUUCUCACUGAGUUAUGCAUUUUGUUUCAUACUAGUCACAUCCUUGUGUUAAGUGCCUUUUAAUUUUAACCGUUCACUUUUUACAGUGCUGUUUACUGAAGUUAUUUAUUAAAUAAAUAAAAAAGCCAACAAUAUUUAAAUUGGAUGUUUUUGUUUUAUAUUGAUAUACUUUUGUCCAUUUGUGUGCAUGAU